AUGGCCGCCUCCCCGCCGCGGCCCGAGGGGAAGCGCUGGGGCUGGGGCCGCCCGGGCGCCCGGAGGCCGCCCCUGGCGCUGGAGCUGGCGGAGGAGCGGCCGGCCGGGGGCCCGCCCGGUGCGCCCGGCGCCCUGCCCGCCGCCCCCGGCCCGCGGCCGCCCGUCAGCCUGGACCCGCGCGUCUCCAUCUACAGCGCCCGCCGCCCGCUGCUGGCGCGCACCCACGUCCAGGGCCGCGUCUACAACUUCCUGGAGCGGCCGACCGGCUGGAAGUGCUUCGUCUACCACUUCGCCGUCUUCCUCAUCGUGCUGGUCUGCCUCAUCUUCAGCGUGCUGUCCACCAUCGAGCAGUACGUCGCCCUGGCCACGGGGACCCUCUUCUGGAUGGAGAUUGUGCUGGUGGUGUUCUUUGGCACCGAGUACGUGGUCCGCCUCUGGUCCGCCGGCUGCCGCAGCAAGUACGUGGGCGUCUGGGGGCGGCUGCGCUUUGCCCGCAAGCCCAUCUCCAUCAUUGACCUCAUCGUGGUCGUGGCCUCCAUGGUGGUGCUCUGCGUGGGCUCCAAGGGCCAGGUGUUCGCCACCUCAGCCAUCAGGGGCAUCCGCUUCCUGCAGAUCCUGCGGAUGCUGCACGUGGACCGCCAGGGUGGCACCUGGCGGCUGCUGGGCUCCGUGGUCUUCAUCCACCGCCAGGAGCUGAUCACCACCCUGUACAUCGGCUUCCUGGGCCUCAUCUUCUCCUCCUACUUCGUGUACCUGGCCGAGAAGGACGCCGUGAACGAGGCGGGCCGCGUGGAGUUCGGCAGCUACGCCGACGCCCUGUGGUGGGGCGUGGUCACGGUCACCACCAUCGGCUACGGGGACAAGGUGCCCCAGACGUGGGUCGGGAAGACCAUCGCCUCCUGCUUCUCCGUCUUCGCCAUCUCCUUCUUCGCGCUCCCAGCGGGGAUCCUCGGCUCCGGCUUCGCCCUGAAGGUGCAGCAGAAGCAGCGGCAGAAGCACUUCAACCGGCAGAUCCCGGCGGCGGCCUCGCUCAUCCAGACGGCCUGGAGGUGCUACGCAGCCGAGAACCCCGACUCCGCCACCUGGAAGAUCUACGUGCGGAAGCUGCCCCGCAGCCACAGCCACGCGCUGCUCUCCCCCAGCCCCCGGCCCAAGAAGUCGGCCAUGGUGAAGAGGAAGAAGUUCAAGCUGGACAAGGACAACGGGCUGAGCCCGGGAGAGAAGACGCUCUCCGUCCCUCAGAUCACGUGCGAGCUCGCCGCGGAGGAGCGGCGGCUGGACCCCUUCUCCGUGGACGGCUACGACAGCGCCGGGAAGAAGAGCCCCACGCUGCUGGAGGUGAGUGUGCCCCACUUCACCAGGACCAACAGCUUCGCCGAGGACCUGGACCUGGAGGGCGAGACGCUGCUGGUGCCCAUCACCCACGUGUCGCAGCUGCGGGAGCACCACCGGGCCGCCAUCAAGGUCAUCCGCCGCAUGCAGUACUUCGUAGCCAAGAAGAAGUUCCAGCAAGCCCGGAAGCCCUAUGACGUGCGCGAUGUCAUCGAGCAGUACUCCCAGGGCCACCUCAGCCUCAUGGUGCGCAUCAAGGAGCUGCAGCGAAGGCUGGACCAGUCCAUCGGGAAGCCCUCCCUCUUCAUCGCCGUCUCAGAAAAGAGCAAGGACCGCGGCAGCAACACCAUCGGCGCCCGGCUGAACCGCGUGGAAGACAAGAUGAUGCAGCUGGACCAGCGGCUGGUUCUCAUCACGGACCUGCUCCACCAGCUGCUCGCCCUGCACCAGGGCGGCCCCCCGGGCGGCCGGCCCCCCGGCGGCGGGGCCCCCCUGCAGCCCUGCCGGGGCCCCGUCGACCCCCAGCACUUCCUGCCCAGCAACGCCCUGCCCACCUACGAGCAGCUGACCGUGCCCCGCAGGGGCCCCGAGGAGGGGUCCUGA